GCAACAUCUGUUGAUGUGAAAUGGCUGUUCAGUCAUGGGCAUCUCAUUCUGUUGCAUACCAGAAGUCACCUAUCAGUGCAGUCAAUGCAUGCACUUCUUUGUCUUGGCCUAUGGAGUGAGUUGGGUAUACCCUCUGUGGGUCAUACCCCAGGUCCAUUAUGCCAAUACCUGCUGCAAAACCUGUACCCACUGUUGGGGUGUGGGUAUAUCUGUGUGUAUGGGUACAGGUUUGACCUCUGA